UGCAAACAACUGCACACAAUAUACUCUAUGUAUUGUUUAAAAACACUUAAGUUUUUAACAAACCAAUGCAAAACAUUUUAUCCCAACACUCCCAGUAAUGUUACUUGUUUCUAACAAAUGCUUCACAGUCCUGUCAUCCGUAUUUAAGAGAUUUUUCCAGGUAGUCUGAGGCUAAAGAGGGUUUUUUUAAUUAUCACUGUUACUCCCCUUUAAGAUUCCUGUCGCCUUUAAGUGCUUUGUAGUGGUACUGCUGAUAGUGGGAGGACUGCGCUUGGCUCUUUACUUCAUCAUGGCCCCCAGCUCGCAGCUGUCUUGUCUAAGGCAGAGCAGACGGGCAGUUGGCACUACCCUUUCCAAAACCGAACCGGUCUAUCUCAAAACCCAUUUCAGGUAGAGGCCACGGCGAAAAAGCCUCUUCGGCCUCCAUGUCUUCAUCAAGACCCUAUAGCUUGUACAGUAACUUGACAAAGCGUGCAAACCCGGGCAGCUCCGGUAGAAACAUGAGGGAUUACUCCAUCAACCUCUCGGUGCAUCAAGCGCUGAGUCUUUGGGUCCAAAGCACUGCGCCGGAUCUCCAGCACUUCACAGAGAUGUGGUACUGUGUAUUCCUGUGGGCCCUGUUCUCUUCGCUGUUUGUCCACGGUGUGGUGGGCGUGCUGAUGUUCAUCAUGCUGCAGAGGCACAAGCAGGGUCGGCUCAUCGCCCUCGUCCUGAUCAGCGUGGGAUUCCUGGCCUCAGUCACUGGCGGGGUCAUCACGAGUGCUGCUGUGGCAGGCGUGUAUCGGGUAGCAGGGAAGAACAUGAAACACAUGGAAGCCUUGGUUUUCGGCGUGGGACAGACCGUGCUCACCGUCGUCAUCUCCGUCUCCAGGAUCCUCGCCACACUCUGAAGGAGCACCCCUCUGCCCACGGCACGAGAUGGGCUGAAUUCUGAGCUUCCUCCGGGCCUUCUGAUUGGAGCCUACAGGAGGAGAGGGGACAGUACCCUUGGAGGAGUCGGCGUGUUGGAGCAGGAGCCUUUCGGGGCCUGAGUUGUCUGCAGGCCUAGGUUAGAAUUAUCUGAGCACUCCCUGGUGUUCAAGCUGUUGCACUACUGCACCUCACGUGCCUCUGUCAAAGGCCAGGUGCAAGGAGCACAUUGUCACGGCAUCUCGAAGCCUUCUGAUCACCAAGCACUUUGCACAUCUCAUGGCCGGCUUAACCCUGGCCAGCAGAGAGGAGCGGUAAGAGCUAUACAAGGCUUACCAAUAUGCAUGGGCUGCAGGAUCUCUGCUCUGCAUCAGCGUCAUGUGCCAAUAGGACUUUUUACAAGUGUAAAUAAACUUUUAAAAAGGGAUAAGAAGAUCGAAACUGGGAGUCAGACGUUUGGUAGGAAGCCGUAUUGUUUUCCCUGUGUGAGAGGGAAUGUGUAAGGGUGCCAUUUUGUUUGCUGCUGUUGUAGACGUGAAAUUACAGUCGUGUACAGACUUACAUGUUACAUGUGAAAGUUCGGGCUUUUCUGCAGUAGCCUUGGGUGUCUGCUCCACUUCUGGCAAAUCCAUUUAUAGAUAUGUGUGUGUAUAUAUAUUUAUUUUAAUUUAUUCAUGUCAUUUUCUGCUAUCAGUGAGCACGUUCCUGCAUCAUGGCAGUCUGUUAACUCACAACGACCUAAUAAAAGAGUAGCUACAAUGUGCAGCGACAGUACAGAUCAUUCAAAAUGUUUGUGCUGGAGGCAUGCCAGUAGCUGAGAAACUAAAUAAUUUUGCUGGUUUUCUCAAACUACUUUUGCCUGCCUUAGUAUUGUGGUGCUAGUGAAUGGCACCCCUUUUUCUUUUGAGCUACAGUACAAAAGCUACUUCUCAAAACAAAUAACCAAUCCAAUUAUUCCACAGUAUUUUCAAUUACAGAAGGCAAUGUGAGUGGUUUGUUAGCAUAAGCAGUUGUAGUGCACUUUACAGAGGUUUAAAAGUUCCUCUUCUAAACUGUGGCACGUUGGGGAACUACUGUACAGUAUGUGGGGGUCCACAGAUGUUGCAGUAUCUGUUAUCACAGCAGCUGCCCCUGCACAGACAACAGACAGUUCCUUCUCUGGAUUGUGGUGUUUAUCAUUCUUUAUCAAUAUCUCAAACUGGACCUUUUUUGAGGAUGUAGUGUAUGUGUAGUCAUUUAACACUGUCAAUAAUCCUAUAAGCAACAAGCACUACAAAAUGUGUGAAAGGGCAAAUUAAAUCCCUUUUAAGGUAGGGAUUUUAUACCACCCCCCUGACGAAUAAUGGAAAACACCAAUAGUGACGAGUUACAGUAUUUUCAAAAAUGUAAAAUGGUCCAUCCCUUUGGAAUGGAUAGUCUCUAUGACUCAGUUAUUAUCAUAUUAUAUUGACUCCUUGACAUCAAAUUUUAUCUUAAUUGACCAAGAAAGCUCUCCAAGACGCAUGUCCCAUGGCUACUCAUCUUCCAUUUUGUAUGAUAAUGUGUAGCUCUCUGCAGCACCUUUAGAUGAUUUCUCAUGAUUUCUUAUGAUGGCAAGAAUGAUUCCUCUAUCAGUGUUAAGAAUUCUGAAUUUCUGUGGAAGGACUUAGAAGUCAAAUGCUUCGUUAUUGUUGGACAGUGUGAAAUAAUUUAUUGUAUUUUUAUUAACUUCAUGCAUCAUAGUUGAGCAUAAUGAAUGAAAAAAGAGCUUUUAUUUCGAGCCCAGAACUGUAUUUUUUUUGCAAAAUAAUGCAAUAUCAAAGUUAGAAUAGAUGGUUUUUCUUUGAGACCAUUGACCAGUAAAAGAUUACAGCAUUAAAUUGAGAGUUGACUACAUAAGAUGAAGAUCUCAGCUCCAUAUGUUUUCAGUAUUAUUUUUUGAUAGCUGAGAGUCACCCUGGAGACACUAAUUUGGCAGGAGAACAGCUGCACCAUUACCGCACCAUUACUCAAAAAGAGUAGGGGUGUAACCCCGGUGUCCUGGCCAAAUUUCCCAUUGGCCCUUACCAAUCAUUGCCUCCUAA